AUGCCUUUCGUACCAAAGGGCACGGUACCAUUACCAUUGUACUUUUUAUUUGAGAAUCAGGCAUCGUGGAUUGGUUUUCUCACAGCAGUUGUAGCUCAAACUAGUGAGUGUCUGGAUACAGCGAGCUUGGCAAUUUAUUUGUACGCAGUCCCGCUUUGUAGUUUCAUUCACAUUUUGGGGUAUUUGGAUAUAAUUUUGCAAGUCAUUGAGAAGAUGAAGUACGAGAUGUUGAUGAAAGUUAAGACAACUGAUGAAGACGGAUUGAAAUCAACUUUGGAACUAGAAACUUUGGAAAUCAUCAACGAGAGUUCUGAAGCUCCUCAGGAAGAAGUUUCAUUUGAUGAAUGGAUCAAAAUUUUAAACGACAUGAUCUGUGAUGUCAACUCAAUCUUCAAUCCUUUGGAAAAUCUCUAUUCAAUUGUUUUAUUUUUGUUGGAAGCAGCUAGCUUAGGAGCUUUAUUCAUUUGUGGGAUGUGUUUGACAGUUUUAAAAGAGCAACAAUUUUUUGCCAUUGGAGUCAACGUGAUAUGUGUCUUGCUCUUCAUAAGUUGCUUUUUGAAUGAAUUGAUGUUGGAAAAGUUGAUUAACAUCAAUGAAGCUCUUUACGAUUUGCCAUGGUGGGAAUUGAAUCCGAAACAAAGGAAGCAAUUGAUGCUCUUGAUGCAUUGUGACAAAAUUCAACGAGGAUUCACAGCUGCUGGAAUUCAUAAUCUAACAAUUGAACGGUUUGGUAUCAUCGUUAAGGCUGGAUACACAAACUUAUUGGUGUUGAAGGAUUUGGUGCAGAAGUAG